AUGGUUUACACAAAACCACACAUCUUUAAACCUCUAAGAACUGAUGUCCUUACAGUGACUCCCUGGCUUGCCCCAAUCAUUUGGGAAGGGACCUUCAACGUGGAUAUCUUGAAUGAGCAGUUCAGACAGAGGAACACGACUGUUGGGCUGACAGUGUUCGCUAUCAAAAAGUAUGUGGUCUUCCUCCAGCAGUUUCUAGAAACUGCAGAGACUUAUUUCAUGGUUGGGCAUAGAGUGAAGUAUUAUAUCUUCACCGAUAGGCCUGAAGCUGUUCCUAACAUAACUCUCAAAGAAGGAAGAGAGAUAAUCCCUAUCCGAGUUCAAAACUACCCAAGGUGGCAGGAAAUCUCCAUGCGCCGGAUGGAGAUGCUCAAUCACUAUGCUCAACAGCGCUUUAUCAGUGAAGUUGACUUUCUAGUAUGUGUCGAUGCAGACAUGCGGUUUAGUGACCAUGUUGGAGUAGAGAUUUUGAGCACGGUAUUUGGCACAAUUCACCCGAGUUUCUAUGCCGCUGAGCGCCAAGCAUUCACCUACGAACGGCGCCCCACCUCAAAAGCUUACAUUCCCCAAGACGAGGGUGAUUUUUACUAUAUUGGAGCCUUCUUUGGAGGAACGGUGGCUGAGGUUUACAAGCUGACCGAGAAGUGCCAUAAAGACAUCAUGGCUGAUAAAAACAAAAGUAUAGAGGCUGUCUGGCAGGAAGAGAGCCACCUAAACAAGUAUUUUGUGUACCAUAAACCCACAAAAAUACUUUCCCCGGAAUAUCUGUGGGACAAUAGUCUUGGUAACCCAAAGUUCCUUAAAAAAAAGAGAUUUCUCGCUGUCCCCAAAAAUCAUGCUGCAAUCAGAAAUAAAAGAAACUCAAACCUGAAAUGA